AAAAGACACACGCAAACCUAAAAGUCUACAUUAUGUACAUGUUUGUCAAAUAUUAUUAAUAAGUAACAAAUUAUUGAUAAUAUACAUUUUUAAAACAAACAGGAAUAAUCAUGGAAACCGUUUCAGACACGACAGCUACAGGUAAAACAGUUACUUCAAAAAAGAAUGCUUUUAAAAACCAUGAAAAAGAAGAUAGUCAUGAAUUUGACCCGUGGGCGAUCAGCACAAAAGAAACUGAUGAUGGAGUGAACUGGAAAGAUAUGACAGUAUGUAACAGAUUUAUUUAUCUAAUAACUGUGCUGUUGAAGAUUAUUCUCAUCUUUGGAUUUUUAUACCUAUUCAUAUGUGCACUAGGGUUCCUUAGUGAUGCCUUCAAGUUAGUCGGAGGUAAAGCUGCUGGAAAAGUUUUCCGAGAAAACGACAUACUAACGAACCCUGUCGCUGGACUAAUGAUCGGUGUAUUGGUGACAGUUCUUUUACAAAGUUCUUCAACUACGACAUCGAUAAUAAUCACAAUGGUAGGGUCUGAAAUAAUUCCAAUAAAAACCGCCAUACCAAUGGUAAUGGGAGCAAAUAUCGGAACAUCAGUGACAAAUACCCUCGUUUCAUUGGCACAAUCCAGUGACAGAGAGGUGUUCCGAAAGGCUUUUGGCGGCGCAACAGUGCACGAUAUGUUUAAUUGGUUGACUGUUAUUGUAUUGCUUCCGAUUGAAUCGGCUGUUCACUACCUAUAUCAUUUAACGGGAGCUAUUGUGCGCAGCUUAGAGCUUUCGAAAUCUGGAAAGAAGAAAGAUUUACUGAAAGUUAUUACAAAACCAUUUACUGGUCUUAUUGUUAAGGUUGACAAACACGUGAUUACAAAUAUAGCAUUGAACAAAGAGGGUGCCGAAGAGGGUUCAGUAUUAAAAAGAUGGUGCAAGAUUGUAUAUAUCCUAUACAACAGUACUGUGAGUCACCAUGAAAAUUAUAAUUCUACAUUAAUUGAACAGUUAGAAACGGAGGGAACAAGAUACACUUUAGGAAUAAUGGCCGACAGUAACACGUCUUUCAUAAAAUGGGAGACCAACGAGACACUAGUAAAGAAAAUAAAUAUGGAAAGAUGUCACAACUUGUUUGCUCAGACGGAUCUAUCAGAUUCAACCAUAGGAGCAUUACUUCUUGUAAUAUCUCUCUUUGUUAUUGCUGUGGCACUGGUAUUUAUGGUCAAACUCCUUAAUUCACUGCUUAAAGGAUCUGUAGCCAAAGUCGUAAAAAAGUUCAUCAAUUCUGAUUUUCCAGGCUUGUUCAAAUAUCUAACAGGAUAUGUUGCAAUCCUUAUAGGAACAGGAACAACGAUGAUUAUCCAGAGUAGCUCCGUGUUCACAUCUAUACUUACACCGUUAGUUGGUGUUGGAGUUGUUUCCCUUGAUCGUAUGCUUCCUUUGACUCUUGGUGCUAAUAUCGGAACUUGUCUGACAGGCAUACUAGCCGCAUUAGCCAAUCCAGCAAAAGCGAUACCGAAUGCUCUACAAGUUGCACUCUGUCAUUUAUUUUUCAAUAUUUCCGGCUUUCUUUUGUUCUAUCCGAUUCCAAUUACAAGAAAAGCACCUAUAAACUUAGCGAAAGGACUGGGCAAUAUAACAGCAAAGUAUCGAUGGUUUCCUAUCUUAUAUUUAAUACUUGUUUUCGUUGCCCUUCCGGGAUUUAUUUUUUUUUUAUCAUUAGCAGGAACGAUACCUUUUGCUGUUGUCGGUUCAAUUAUACUAUUAUUCUUAGUGUGCCUUAUUGUCAUAAAUAUUGCACAAAAGUAUUGCCGCAGCAGGCUGCCAAGUUGUUUGAGGAAUUGGGACUUUUUGCCAUUGUGUUGUCGUUCAUUAAAACCAAUUGACAAGCUAAUUUCCAGUGUUUUGGGAAUAUUCGUAUGCUGCCGCAACCAGGAAAAGGAAGAAGACAUGUCGGGAAAAGGUUCGAAUAACAAAGCAUUCACAAUUUUGUAAUUUGAACAUAUACAUUUAUGAAUCAGUUUUGUAUAUUUUACAGGCUCAUUCAUAAACUAUGUAUAAAUAUUGAUAUUACACAAUGUACCUUUUAUAUCUUUUUUUAAUUAAGUUUACGUAAUAUGUAAAGAAAUAAUGAAUGACUAAGGUAAAUAGAGAAUAGUUUGGUAUGGUUAACUUUCAUUGGCUCAUUUUCAUUACAUUAAUACAGCAGUGCCUCCUGUCGGACUCUUUGAUCAUUGAGAUUAUAUUCCGCUAUGUUGUCAAUUAUACAGAAGUAGUGAGCUUGGGCUUUUUUCUGCUCUUUCGUCUUGUUGUUUCUUUGACCCAUUCCCCGUUUCCAUUUUGUUUGUGAUUAAUAAUGAACAUUGUAAAUAAUUAAACUACAUGUAUGACCAUAUAUAGGGAUAUAAUAUUUAAUUUUGAUUUUUGUAUGACGUAACGUAGGCAAAAUAUAUCUGUCUCUUUGUACAUUUCUACUUUAA